CUCCCUUACGGGUCAAAGUUAAGUUCAAGGUUUGACUGUGACACAGAAGAAAUACAAGGAUAAACAGGGCAGUGUCUACCUCAAAAGCCGCUAAAUCACCGCUGUCCCAGUCCGGUGAAAGCUUUGGUUUGAGGCCAUAGAGUAGCCUCAGGAUCAAACUGAGCAGCUUUCCCCUGGAGUCGGUGCCCUAGGGCUCACACCUUUGUGGGGUGGGGUGAGGUGGUGGGAGCCCCACCAGCUGAAUCGCAUAUAAUAGGUGCCUAACAAACAGUCAUCGAAGCAGCUCCCGGUUUUCCUUGGCAGAUUCUGGCUCAAGUCUACCUCGACUACCAAACUCGAGCGUGGGCAAACCAAAAGGCUCGGCUGGGCAGCGCCCGCCCGUGCACUUGGCUCUGACCCUGCCAGGCGCUAGGAGGGCGUGACGCGCUGCCCGCACGUCUCCUCCCCGUCCUUUGGCCUCCGAGAAGCGCGCAACGACUCCCACGUCCUCGGUUGAAUUCCGGUCCGUAAGGAACACGAAGCCGGACCCCGGCGAGGCCCGGGCCGACAGAGCGAUUGAAUCCCUCUCUGGAACUUCUGAAUGUUUUUUACUAGUGGGAACAUUUUCUACACAGCAAAGCUGAUGGCUUAAUUUUGGCAAGUGCUGGUGUGGCUUUGGUUCUGCUAUGCUUCACGAAGCUUGAGUCUGAAGGAUACAGGGCUUUCUGGGAUGACAAUAUGACUCACAGUAAAGGAAGAUCUGUCACUCACAAGACAAGUGGGAAUCCAGACACUGGAGGAGGCUUUGUAGACUGGACUUUAAAUUUCAACACAAUUCAGUCGGACAAGUUUUUAAACUUGCUUUUAAGCAUGGUGCCAGUCAUUUACCAGAAGAACCAGGAAGACAGGCAUAAAAAAGCAAAUGGCAUUUGGCAGGAAGGAUUGUCAGGUGCAGCGCAGAACUUCAGCAAGAGAUCAGAGCCACAUCUGGACUACCACGAGUUCUCGGAGCAGGCCUUCCUCGGCGGCAGCGGGCACGCUCCAGCCAGCUGCAGCCCCAAGUAUGACGACUACGCCGGCUAUAACUACUGUGAUGGGAGGGAGGCUUCGGAAACCACCGCCAUGCUACAGGAUGAAGAUCUGUCCAGUGAGGGCGAUGAUGUUAUUGUGGAAACAAACCAGAAGCUGCCGAGGGAGUCCAGCGGCAUCAUGGCUCUGCAGAUUCUCGUGCCGUUCUUGCUGGCUGGGUUUGGAACAGUUUCUGCUGGCAUGGUUUUGGACGUAGUACAGCACUGGGAGGUGUUCAAGAACGUGACUGAAGUCUUCAUCUUAGUCCCUGCACUUCUUGGUCUCAAAGGGAACUUGGAAAUGACACUGGCUUCUCGGUUAUCCACUGCGGUAAAUGUUGGGAAGAUGGACUCACCCAUUGAAAAGUGGAAUCUAAUCAUUGGCAACUUGGCUUUAAAGCAGGUCCAGGCCACAGUGGUUGGUUUUUUAGCGGCCGUGGCAGCGAUCAUAUUGGGCUGGAUUCCAGAAGGGAAAUAUUACCUCAGCCAUUCCAUCCUUCUGUGCUCUAGCAGUGUGGCCACCGCCUUCAUUGCGUCGCUUCUGCAGGGAAUAAUAAUGGUUGGAGUUAUCGUUGGCUCAAAGAAGACAGGCAUAAACCCUGACAACGUGGCCACACCCAUUGCUGCUAGUUUUGGUGAUCUGAUAACUCUUGCCAUAUUAGCUUGGAUAAGUCAGGGUUUGUACUCCUGUCUUGAGACAUAUUAUUACAUUUCACCGUUAGUUUGUGCCUUUUUCUUGGCCCUGACACCUAUCUGGAUUAUAAUAGCUGCCAAACACCCAGCUACCAGGACAGUGCUCCACUCGGGCUGGGAGCCCGUCAUAACAGCCAUGGUCAUAAGCAGCAUUGGGGGCCUUAUUCUGGACACAACUGUAUCUGACCCAAACUUGGUUGGGAUUGUUGUUUACACGCCAGUUAUCAACGGUAUCGGUGGCAAUUUGGUGGCCAUUCAGGCUAGCAGAAUUUCUACCUACCUCCAUUUGCAUAGCAUCCCUGGGGAACUGCCCGAAGAACCCAAAGGUUGUUCCUACCCGUUCAGGACAUUCUUUGGUUCAGGAGUGAACAAUAAGUCUGCCCAAGUUCUUCUGCUCCUAGUGGUUCCGGGCCACUUGAUUUUCCUCUACACAAUUCACCUGAUGAAGAGUGGCCACACCUCUCUGACUGUAGUCUUUGUUGUUGUGUACCUACUUGCUGCUGUGCUACAGGUGUUCACCUUGCUGUGGAUCGCCGACUGGAUGGUCCAUCGCUUCUGGAGGAAAGGGAAGGACCCGGACAGCUUCUCCAUCCCCUACCUGACGGCACUGGGUGACCUGCUUGGGACAGCUCUGCUGGCCUUAAGUUUCCAUUUUCUCUGGCUUAUUGGAGACCAUGAUGGAGACGUUGGGGACUAAUGGAUCCUAGAAGCUGUUGCGGGGUCACCCAGGAGGAGAACACAAGGCAGCCACUGCUGCCCCUCCCCAACACUCUUCACCUGUUGUGUGACUUAUGCCGGGGUAGUCUGCGGUUCACCCUGACUCCAUAAUGGCCUUAACGUACUUUUUAAGGAAUUUGUGCUGAAACCACAAUGAACGGUAUUUGUGCUGCUUUUUGUAGAAUAAAUAAUUUGACACAGACAUAGAUACAAGCUCACACUCUGAAGUUAAUUAGGAAAGAAUAUAGGAUGUUUACAAUGAAUAAUUUUGAAACCACAGAGCUAGCAGAAGUAUGCUUUAUUAUUAAGUUAUAGCGCGAGGUUAGAGGCAAGGGAGCCUUAGCCGCCUUUGUCCCACAGCUGUGUCCCUGCAGCGGAUGCUGUGACGGGAAAGGACCAGCCGAGCUUCCCGAAGUGUUAAUUAUGCCCUCCUCCGCGGGAGCAAGGCUGCCAAUCACUUAUUCCUAAACUGACUAAUUCCUUCUGCUGAACACGUGACAAACUGACUUGUACUCGUGUGUAAAACUGCCCUGUGCCAAUGUCCAUUUUAUUUCAAGUUCUCAACAGGUGAUGCUUUAAGAGAGGGGCUCGCCAUGCCGCCCCCGCAGGACUUUAAUUUGUAGGCCUCUUGCUCUGGUUCCCUCCUCCUGACUCUAAAAGCAAUGGGCCGUUUUGUUCAUUUGGAAAAUGUUGAUCUGAUUUAGAAAAUGGUCAUCAGAGCAGAAAAUCAGUUGAGCUGUAUUUGUGGGCACAGGAUGGGGUGUGUGUGUGUGUGUGUGUGUGUGUGUGUGUGUGUGUGUGUGUGUACAUACAUGUGUGAACAUGUAUGUAUGCAUGCGUAUGUUAGAGAGUGUGAGCAUGUAUGAGCAUAUGUGAGUGUAUGUGUGCUCAUGUGUGCAUGUGUGUGUACAUGCGAACAUGUGUGAGCAUAUGUGCAUGCAUGUGUGCAUGUGUGAAGAGAGAGACAGACACAGAGACCAGAGAGUAAGACAGAGAUAGACAGAUAAACAGACAAAGUAAUUCCUUUUUCUUAAGUAAGUACCAUUUAAUAAAACAGAGACCUAAGAUUUGGGAAGCGCAGGCGACCCUGUUGCUCUGUUGGGCCCCCUACCUGUCUGUCAUCCCUCCAAAGGAGACGCUGUGGCUUACCUCAGUCAGCAUCUCCUCACGGGCUCCACCUACAGGGACCAUCUCAUUUACGUGGCUGUAGUUCUCAAACAGUUCCCUGAAGCUCCAGCCAGUCUCCUCUCGCCUGACUUGCACCUGCCAGUCGAUGGGAAGCCCUUUUUGAUCGCUUAGCGCUCAAGAGAACUGCAGUGCAGUCUUUGAAGACCGUUAAAUAUCUAAUAAUGAAACUGCCGAGGGAGGAGAGUGCCCGUGACGUGGACUGUCACGGUGAGUUGGUGUUGUGUGACCAGCGGGUGGUAUGUAAGUCCAUCGAGGAAGCGUUUUUAUUAUUGUGGAGGCUGUGGUUUAGAGUUCUAUAUUUUUGCUUACUUUUAAACUUCAUUCAAUUCUUCUGCCUUAUAAUCAGACUUUGAAGGCAUGGUUUGAACUAAUUAUGGAUCGCUCCUUUAGAGAGUUGUAAUGCCACAGAGUGAACAUUCUGACAAAAUAAGCAUAAAGUUUACAUUGAUGAAUAUUUAGUUGCAAAGAUUAUUUUAUGUUUUAAAAAAUUAAUAUACCUUUCUUUUAUUAUAAGGUACUUGUGAAUUUGGCUGUACGUUCUUUUGUUUUGAGACAGUCGUGCUCUGUCUCCCAGGCUGGUCUUGAAUCUGAGGCCUACCCACUGACUCGCAGAGUCAGUCCCAGAGUCAGCGCUGCCAACAGUGUUAGGCUGCUGUGUCUGUCACAUGGUCCAAGACACAUGCAGAUGCCAACAGCAGUCCUCUCCUGUCUGGAUCUUAGAGCAGGGACAGAGGAAUGCAGAGGAGUGACAUUUUUAAGAUUGCACAGUUGCAAAGCGGCCAGACUGUUCUAGACCUGUAGACUUUGCUGUGUCCAACCCCCCAAAGCACAUAAACUAUCCACCUCCUUACCCGAGAGGAAGCUGGCUGGAGAAAGUCCAGUCCAGUGUUCCUAGUCUCCAGAAUUGCAGGGAUGCCUCCACCGAAUGAGUCUUGGUGGUCAGCACAGCCAGCUCUGAGCUAGUCAUGUUCCUAAUGUCAGAGAGACCGUAAAGGAAAUAAUGAAUAUCAUACCUUAUAAAAUAUUUUCCACUUUAUGAUGAAGACUUUAGAUUAAAAAACAACACCUCAUUUCUUUUCCUUUUGUUGUUGUUUUGUGUUUCGAGACUGGAUUUCUCUGUGUAGCCCUAGCUGUCCUGGAACUCACUCUGUAGACCAGGCUGGCCUGAAACUCACAGAGAUCCUCCCGAGCACUGGGAUUGAAGGUGUGCACAGCCACCACCGCCUGGUGACGCCUCUAAGCACCAACCGUCUUCCUAGAGCUACUGGACCACGGGAGGCUAGCGGGCAGCUGAUGCUCGGCCUUUGUCAGGACAGCAAACCGUCUAAGAUGAAUGGAAUGGGCAAAACCAGACGCGGCCUGAGUGGGUUGUAAAAGGAUAUACAUUUCUUUAAAAACAACUGCAGAUCUUUGAAAGUCUUCAUGUCAGCAUAUACGUUUUAUUUACCCAUAAAAUUUAUUAUCAGUCUUAGGUAAACUAACAGUAUUUUUAUACCACGAAAAAACCCUACUUUCCAAAAUUCUUUUUCCACUAAUUUACCAGGCACAUUCUACCCACAGCUAAAUAAAUCAUAUUUUUUUAUUCUUGACCAUCCACCUUUUUUUGAAAUGUCCAAAGUUUCUUAGAGGCUGAUCAAGUAGAAACACAUGGUGGAUGUCUUGUGGAGACAUCAGAAAACCUCACACCAUAAGCUGUCCGUGAUGUAGCCAAAUGAGUCCUUUAAAGUCUCUCAGUGGUGGGGCAUCCCUUCCUCCCUGUGUCUAAGAUAUAGUUUACCCACUGACAGUGGGCUCUGGCACCUUGGAAUUGUGUAAACCCAGUCAAAAUAAAAUGUGAGAAGCA